CUUCAUGAAAUGUUUAUCUUCCCUGAAAUACAGAUGAAAAACAGAACAUAUAAGUGCUCCUUGUGUGAAAAGAGUUUUAAUUUUAAAUCAAAAUUUGAGAUACAUCAGAGAGUCCAUACAGGAGAGAAACCUUAUACAUGCCUUGAGUGUGGAAGGGGCUUUAGAAGGAGUGAUCAGCUUAAUUUACAUCGAAGAACCCACACAGGGGAGAAACCUUAUAAAUGCUUGAAGUGCGGAAAGAGCUUCCAGGAUAGUGACAAACUUACUAGGCAUCAAAGAAUACACACAGGAGAAAAACCUUAUAAAUGCCUGGAUUGUGGAAACUGCUUUAGUAGGAAUGAACAGCUCCAUUUACAUAAAAGAAUCCACACAGGAGAGAAACCUUACACAUGCUUGGAGUGUGGAAAGGGCUUCCGAGAUCGUGGCAGCCUUGGUAAGCAUCAAAGAAUCCACACAGGAGAGAAACCUUAUAAAUGCUUGGAGUGUGGAAAAGGUUUCCGUGAUGGGAGCGGUCUUAGUAAGCAUCAAAGAAUUCACUCUGGAGAGAAACCUUAUAAGUGCAUGCAGUGUGGUAAAGGCUUCCGUGAUGGUGACAAACUUGUCAUGCAUCAAAGAAUCCAUACAGGAGAGAAGCCAUACAAAUGCCUGGAGUGUGGAAAGGGAUUCUGUGGUGGCGGAGGCCUUACUAAGCAUAAAAAAGUUCACACAGGACAGAAAUCUUAUCAGUGCUUACAGUGUGGGAAGAGCUACUAUGAUGCUGGCAGCCUUGUUAAGCAUCAAAGAGUUCACUCUGGGGAGAAACCUUUUGAAUGUCUGGAGUGUGGGAAAAGCUUCUCUGACAGUGGUAAACUUAUUAGACAUCAGAGAAUCCACACAGGAGAGAAACCACAUAAAUGCAUGGAAUGUGGAAAGGGCUUCUGUGACGGUGCCAAACUUGCUAGACAUCAAAGGACCCACACAGGGGAGAAACCUUAUAAAUGCCUGGAGUGUACAAAGAGGUUCUAUGAUACUGAGAAACUUACUCAGCAUUUAAGAAUUCACACAGAAAAGAGACCUUAUGACUGUCCAGAGUGUGGAAAGAGCUUUUUUCGAAGUGACCAUCUUAUAAACCAUCAAAAAAUUCAUACAGGAGAGAAGCCUUAUAAAUGCAUGGUUUGUGAAGCAGCCUUCAGUAACAGUGGCAGCCUUACAAAGCAUCAAAGAACCCACACAGGGGAGAAACCUUAUAAAUGCCUGGAAUGUGGAAAGGGCUUCAAUGACAGUGGCAAUCUUACUAAGCAUCAGAGAAUCCACACUGGGGAGAAACCUUACAAAUGCUCGUUCUGCGGGAAGACCUUCAGCCAGAGGCACCAUUGUGCCUCCCACGAAAGAAUCCAUACAGGAGAGAAGCCGUACCACUGCAUGGACUGCAGCAAGAGCUUUUGUACGAAAUCGAGCCUUAAUGCGCAUCGGAGAAUCCACACCGGGGAGAAACCACAUAAAUGCCUGGAGUGCGGAAAGAGCUUCAGUAAGAGCACCAACCUUACCUCACACAAAAGGCUCCACACAGGAGAGAAGCCCUACAAAUGCUUGGUGUGUGGAAGGAGCUUCAGCCGGAGUGAACAUCUCACCUCACACCAGAGAAUCCACACAGGGGAGAAACCAUACAUCUGCUCGUACUGUAGCAAGAACUUCUGCAGUAAAUCCAGCCUGAAGGCACACCAGAGAAUCCACACAGGGGAGAAGCCAUACAAAUGUCUGGAGUGCGGCAAAUGCUUCCGGUGGAGCACCUACCUUGCUUCACAUCAAGAAAUCCACAAAGGGGAGAAACCGUACAAAUGUUCGGAAUGUGGGAAAGAUGCUCACCUUACUUCUCAUCAAGACAUCCUCUCAGAGUAGAAGCCACACGAGUAGCAUCUGGGCAUUUGAGCCUUAUUAACUGAAAGAUGGAAAACUGACAAAAAUAGUCAAUGCACAGCGCGCACACUGCACAGCAGAACACUUUGUCAUGAGCAACCACGUGCAGGUGUUUUUAGAGUGGGGAAAGACCUCAGUUGGAUCCUGACCACAUUUUGAGCCACCUAG